CCAAAUUACCCCUUUAUAAGUUAAAAUUACUAAAUUAACCCCAACUAUACAUCUAAUUUUUCUUUCACCAUUCAAUUGUCCUUCCGGCUUUCCCUUUCCUCCUGUUAGAUAGAGAAAGUGCGAAAUUGUAAAGGAGAAAAAGAUGCUACCACAUCAAUGGACUCCACCUUGUGGAAGUCAGUGCACCCACAAAUACGCUGCUCUAACUCAAAUUCCAUGGAGAGUAUUUUGCAAAAAAGGUUGUGAUGCAGAUGGAGAAACAUGGGAAGAAUGUUUGUCAGAGUGCAAUGAAAUAUGCUACAAGGAUCCUGUCUUCAAGGACCAGCAGUGGAGUGCUUAUAUUGACCGGUCUCCUGGAGCUGCCAGAUACUCUGAGGAAUGCUUCCAUGCCUGUGUAGCUGGUUGUGGUUACAGGUUUGAAAUUGAAGCAGAGAAAGUCGAUCAGAUUCGUCCAAACAGGCCAUGCAAGCUUCCUCCCCCACCCCCAGCUCAGAAGCCACCUCCAGUAGCUACUAAACCAGGCGAACCUACUCAAGACGUACCUUGCACUUCUGCAUAGUGAGGGUAAAAUUAGGUAGAAGCGGAAAAUAAUAGAUGCCGUAUCAUAUCAAUUUUGUUAGCUAUCUUUUAUAGUCUUAGGGCCUUUUAAUUUGUGGCCCUCAUUGGGUUACUGAAGCUUCAUGGCGCAGUAGUGACGUCGCCGGGUAUUCUGGAUUUUGAUAGCGUCCUUGGAUAACUGAAUUGUACAAUCAGCAUAGGCAGGCUUCAGAAAGUAUAGAGCAUAGUUUCAAAAAUGUACCCUGACUGGUUCUGUUAUUUCGAUCAUAUAGGUAAAACUUUUUCAUGGUGGCCUUAGCAGUUGUGAUUUAGAAUUGCUUUAACAAUCAAUCAAAUGUACACCCGUUUGUUCUAUUA